AUGGGCCCCGAACGCACCAGAAAGGGCCUUUGUGUGGGUGAAGAAAGAAUAAGCAACGAACCGACUAGCCUAACAGUUAAGUACCCAAACCGCACUGGGGCUACUCAGCCAAAGUACGAGGCACCCCAGCGUCCCGAGGCGAAUGGUGACUGGGGAGAAGAAAUUGCUCGAUCGAUGCGAGCCUUAAACGAUGUGGAGUUGUAUGGAUAUCCAAAACUACAAAGUACGAGGUCGCUAGAAAGGGGCCCGCUCGGCCCUUGGGUCAGGAAUUCUGGUUGGGGUUUUUAUACUUCUAUUCGCCAGUUCAAGGGCCUACAAGGACUCAAUGACAACCAAUGGGAGGUUGUGGUUCUGGAGGGGUAUAAACAACCCAGAAGAGCGUCGGCAGCGAAUAUGCUUCAGGCAAACAGAGCGCUAACAAAUCGCACUCAGAGCGUCGCAGCAGAUUAUCUCGUGCCAUUCCAGCAUGGCGGUAGGGAUCUGAGAUCAGGCAAAAUUGACGGGGUUGUCACUGGGACCGAAAUGACAGAUAAUGUCAUGCACGUCGGAACCAAGUCACACUGGGACGCCAAAAAAGAAACAGAAUCAACCAAGGGAGCCCGGAAAAAGUACGACUGUGGCCGAAGCGGCGAAUUCCGAUGGCUGCCUUGGAAACUACCUAAUUAG